AUGGCAUCCCGCAAGGGAGGCACUGGCUCCACUGCUACUUCUUCGAGCUCCACCACCAGUGCGGCAGGGAAAGGCAAAGGCAAAGGUGGCUCUGGAGAUUUGGCAGUGAAGCAACAGCAGAAACAUCAGUAUCAGCAGCGUUGCCAUCAGGAGAAUAUGCAGCGCCAGAGUCGGGGCAAACCUCCACUCCCUGAGGAGGACCUGUCCAAGAUCUUCAUGCCACCCCAGCCCCUGCCAGGAUGGAGUCACUGCUCAUCGCAGGCCAGAUUAGCACUUACUGCCAGAACAUCAAGGAGUUCGCUGUGCAGAACCUAUGCAAACUCUUCGUGGCCCAGGCUCUUCAAGAAUAUAACUAAGAAAAGGACGUCAUCAGAAGAGGAGUUAACAAGGACUCUUGAGGUCCUAUCAAGGAACUCUGGGAAAAAAUAUAUUUGCAUAUUGAAAAGCACAGAGAAUUCUUUCAAUGUCAUUGCCAUUUUUGGCCAUAAUGCUGUCUUUCUAGCCAGUAGAGCCUGCAGACCUAGCUCAGAGCAGAAGAAUAUGAAAAGGGUUCAAAAUAUUGCUAUGAAGAGCUGGGAUGUCAGGGCAGGAAGUGGAAGCAGAUUGCAAGCAGGAGGGGUGGGGCAAAAAAUGCAGACAGCGCACGGAAGUGAAUCUUGCUUUGCCUAACCAAAACCACAUACAUUGGGGAGAGAGUUCACUUUAUGUGGCCAUGUACAAAGGGAAAGACUCCCUCUGUUAGAAAAGCUCAAGGUUUCAGUAGGGUCUACAGCUAAUGGUGAUCAAUCACUCCAUGAACAGCCCCCAGCAAAGGAUGUAGCUUCUAGAAAGGAUGUUGCAGACCCAGCAGAAGCCACAGAGAAGCCUCAGUCUCUAGAGAGACCAGAAGAAUCUGCGCCACCUCAGGUAGGUGGACAGGAUUAUACUGCAGGGGCAGAAAGGAAGAUGGACAGGGAGGCAAUAACCGAAUCAGCCUGUAAGAGAAAUGCAGGGGUGGAACUGUUAGGAACAGAAGGUAAGAGUCAGCCUUUGCAGACUGCAGGAGAAGGAGUCUCUCCUGCAGCAGGGGAAGGCUCUGAGAAUGCACAAGCUACUGGGGAGGUGGAACCUCUAGAAACAGCUGAGAACAUUCUGCCUCUGGAAACAGCUACAGAUCUACAACCUCAAAAAGCAAUGGGAAAGGAACGAUCCCUGCUUCUAGAGACAUUUCCCAAAGAGAAUGAAUCUCCAAAAUUGACUUCAGAAAUAUUGGAGGGAAAUCAGUUAGUGGAAGCAGUUGAAGACCUGCACCUUCAAAGAGUACUGGGAAAAGCUGAGCCACCCCACCUUCUAGAAACAGCCCUUAAAAAGAAUGAACCACCAGAUGUUGUGGACAGGAGUUGGAUUGUGGAAACAUCUGUAAUGAAUGAUGCUCUCCAUGAAACCCCUGAAGGCCGAAACAUGGAGCAGAUUCAACCUGAAGGAAUAGUGGGAAGUACAGAGCAUCCAACUGGAAUUGUAGAGACUGAGGCAAAUGUGGAAAUGGCCAGGAGAACUCACAGUAAGGAAGAGGACCAGCACAUUGAAGGUGAGACAGGAGAAAAGAUGGAAACAGAGAUGAGGAGUGAGAAAGUAAGCGAGGCGGCUGAAACCAAAGAAGAAACAGGAGAAGCUGUAGAUCUUUCAGCAGCUACAUAG